AUGGGGAGAGAGAUAGAGAAUGUUGAGCCUAAUUGGGCUUCACCGGGGCUAAUUGGGCCGUGUUUGGUUGUGUUGAUCGACUCGUUUGUCGGGUUUUAUAAGCUGACGAGUCGAGUUUUCACUCAGUCUGUAUCGUCCUUGUGGACUAGCAAUGAUCAACGAGUCUUGGAGGCCUGGCAACAACGAGAUGUUCCCACGAGCGUCUGGUGUAUCCGUGACGCCAGAAACGGUGCUGGCUCGUCGCGGUUGCUGGGCGUUGUACGAGAGCGGUGCCAGCGCUUUGGGCUCGCUCAAGUCCUCGUUCUGCUCGAGCCUCUAUCCGACCGGUCUCGGUCUCGGCCUCGGCCUCGGCCGCCGAUCGCAGACCCCGACAACCGGCUCGUUGGUUUCACCCUCCGUCGGUCAGCUUCACUCGACACCGCCAGCCUCGGCCGGGCUCGUCACCUCGCUCCACGGCCCGACCGGCCAGCCCCCGGUCGGCUGGGCCGAGCCCGAGUCCUGCCGGCCCGUCCCACUGCCUCCGCCGCACCACCACCUCCAUGGGCACGCUUUUCUGCAUCAGCAUCAUCAUCAUCAUCAUCAUCAUCAUCAUCUUCCUCCUCCUCGGCAUUGGUUGCAAUUGCGUACCAUCUGCCAGGACUCGUUGUCCGGCCUCGAGGCGCCCACCUACAGUCAGGUGCGGAGCUUCGGACUCAGUCCGGCCGAGUUGCACAUGGACCUCGGACAGUCGGUGCCGGGACACGGCCUGCCGGCCUAUGCUCCUCGGCUCAAGUUGAAUCUGUGAAGCAUCGGGCCGACCCGACCGGAAGCCGGUGGCUUCUGUUCCCCCCUCUUCACCUCCAUCACACCCCACACCCCACAUCCCACACCCCACAGCCCACAGCCCACACCCGACACCUUCUUCCUCUGCUCCCAUCUCAUGUCAACUGGCGAGUCGUCAACAUGUCGGCCAACCAAUCCAGCCCGCAACACUGCAUCCAACAACUGGUGACUCUUGAGCUUCUGCGUCGACGCCUCGCCAGUUCUGUUUCAAUCCAACCGACGUUCCGACUGCGCAAGAAAAGAUUGACCCACCGCGACAGCCGCACAAAGGGUGACCUGCACCGCCGGUCCAUAGCUCUUUGGGAGUGGAGGCAACAUGACGAUGGAAUGCCAGAUUUGAGGCAAUUUUAG